CCAUUACCCAGCAUCCUCUCUUUCUCUUCGCCAUCUUAACCGGCGCCAUGAAGGUCGAGCUGUGCAGCUUCAGCGGCUACAAGAUCUACCCGGGGCACGGCCGGCGCUACGCCAGGACCGACGGGAAGGUUUUCCAGUUUCUGAAUGCAAAAUGUGAGUCCGCAUUUCUUUCCAAGAGGAACCCCCGUCAAAUCAACUGGACUGUUCUGUACAGAAGAAAACACAAGAAAGGCCAGUCUGAAGAAAUCCAGAAGAAACGUACCCGACGUGCAGUGAAAUUCCAGAGAGCCAUCACUGGAGCAUCUCUGGCUGAAAUUAUGGCCAAGAGAAACCAGAAGCCUGAGGUGCGAAAGGCUCAAAGGGAACAAGCAAUUAGGGCUGCCAAGGAAGCAAAAAAGGCAAAGCAGGCUACAAAGAAAACUGUUCCUUCAAAGGGACCAUCUAAGGCUGCACCCAAGCAGAAGAUUGCAAAGCCCGUAAAGAUGGCAGCACCCCGUGUUGGCGGAAAACGCUAAACUGUUUCAUCUGGAUGUUAUAAUAAAUAACUGUUUUGAAAAGAA